UUUACACUCCGGCCGAGGAUCUACGGUUCCUCACGUUCUAGAUCCUGCUUGAACACCUCAAAAGGUUUCACGCUCUGUCGAAAAACACUGAGGAAUCCCUAAUAAACCCCAAAGAGAGAAAAUUGGUGCCAUCCGCUUGCCAACUUUCCAUCACCAUGACAAGCACCACCAGCGACCAAAAGGCCGCCUCCUGCCCACUGAUGGCCAAACCUCCCCGUCAGCGGCUGGUCAGUAAGGACGGACGGAGCCUGAUGCAAGGCAAUGCCCCAGGCUCCAGAGAGACGUGGUUCGGGGCCCUGCGGGACAUGUGGGGGACGUGGCUGGCGCUGCGCUGGCGAUGGGUGGUGCUGGCGUUCUGCGGCUCCUUCCUGCUUCACUGGCUGCUGUUCGCGGUGUUGUGGUACCUGCUCGCCCGUGUCAACGGAGACCUGGACGUGCCCGACCAUGACUCCCCACCAGCCGGCCACGUGCUGUGUGUCAAACACGUGACGGGCUUCACCGCCGCCUUCUCUUUUGCCCUCGAGACGCAGCUGACCAUCGGGUAUGGCACCAUGUACCCCAACGCUGACUGUCCGACCGCCAUAGCACUGCUCGCCCUGCAGAUGCUGCUGGGACUCAUGCUGGAGGCCUUCAUCACUGGUGCAUUUGUGGCUAAGUUCUCCCGCCCUCAAAAGCGAUGCGGUGGGAUCCUGUUCAGCCCUCAGGCCGUAGUGUGUGAGGUCAGAGGUCAGCGUUGCUUGAUGUUCCGCGUCUGUAACCUGCUUCCAAGGCCGCUGGUGGAUGUGUGCGUGAGCGCCGUUCUCUACGAAGAACGUGACGAUCACGAACUCUACCAAACCACGAUGGAAUUCAGCGUCGAUAACCUGGGGUCACGACCUUGCCCCCUUUUCCUGUCACCUCUGACCUUUUAUCACCCUCUAACUCCAUCCAGCCCUCUAAACAAUGCACCUAACAUCAAACACUUGGAGUUGGUGGUGUUCCUCAACGCUUCUCAGGAGAGCACGGGCUCCGGCUACCACAAGAGGACGUCCUACCUGCCAGACGAGAUCCAGUACGGCAGCUGCUUCGCCAAGGUGACGUCUCGGCACGGAAAAGGCCGGAGCAAAGCCGAAAGCAUGCUCUAUUUUGACAUGCAGCCCUGUCCACUCACGCUCCAAAACACACACACCGGCGAUGCACUGGAGAAAGAGCACGAGGUGGUCCAGAUCAACGGGGAAGACAGUGACCGGGUGGAGUAGCAGUGCUUUAUUUUUAUGCAAGGGUGUAUGAUUUCAUAAGGAUUCUCCGCUCAUGAAACGUGCAUUUCAUUUCACAACACAACCUCCAGUUUAUGACUUUUUUAUCCCAAAAGACAACCUCAGUUAUUUAUGGUCUGAUAUGUCACCCCGUCCUGUUAGAAACCCAUCAAAAACAUUUUUUGCUGCUAUGGACACACUUGCGUUUUCCAGAGCAACACAGAUGAGUGACAGCUGCUUAAGAUCUUGUUUUCAUAUGGCAAUAAGAGGAAUCUCCAAUGUUUUAUGAUUGUAACUGACCAUC